UGCACUUCGAAGCUUCAUCACAAAGCCAAUAGUAGACUUCAAGUUUGUUUUGAGUUGGACGUCUUGUUUUCAAGCAGAACAAUACGAAAGAAGUGUUCCCACAAGUACAAGCAGCAAAAAAACAACGUACAGCACAAUAGUAGAUAUUGCUUCCUCCUAAGUUGGAGCAGGAGAGACUUCUAAAGGGAUUAUGUUCAGAAAAUAGCUUUGUUCUCCUCGUGAACUUAUUUUAUUGUCUUGGAAGAUGGAGUCGGAAGCUAGCCUCGAACAAUCACUAGCUGAUUAUGACGCUCAAAUAGCUCAGUUGGAAGCAGUGGCAGGUUCAGUCACCGAUGGUCAGGUGCCUGCUGAUCUGCAAGAGUUACUUGAGCAACUCCGUGAGCUACGCAAACUAACGGAAGAAAGCUUGCUUAUUGCCAAGAAGAACCGACUGCUUCAGAUGUUGUCCGAAAAUGAUGAGCCUAGUUCCAGCCAGCCAUCUUCACUUGCAGCACAACCUCCGUGUCCAUCGAACCAGACUGUUGCUGAGGCAAGCAGUGCUGCUGCACAACCUAGUGCAGGUGAUGGUGAUGGUAGCGGUGACAGUGGUGCGCCUAUUCCUGGUAGUGAUGCAGAUAUUCUCGGAAUGAAAUGCCGCGCGCCAUUGGUACAGUCCUGGGGUGCUACACAAUACUACAAUGCUAUGAUCUACGGUGCUGAAGAGCCGGAUAGCGAAGGCAAUGAUCAGGUUAGAGUUCUGUUCACUCACCCAACACACAUGCCCAUCAAGCCUUGUCCUCAUUUCCUGGAGGGAAAGUGUCGCUUUGAUGACGGAAAAUGCAGGAGUUCCCAUGGUCAUGUUGUACUUGUGUCAAGUUUAGAACCGUACAAGGAACCGGACUUCAGCUUGUUACGAGUUGGUGCGAAUAUUUGGGCGAAAUACGAACAUGAUGACCUAUGGUACGAGGCGACGGUAUUAGCGUCGAAGCAAGACAAUCGCUGGCUUGUCCUCUACACUGCGUACAAUGAGACUUCCGUUAUACCAGCAGAAUACAUCUUUCCACAAGACCUUGCAGAUCAGUGUGAUGGAGAUGGGAGUGACGAUGGCUAUGAUGUCACUUUCUCUAGCAGUGCUACACUUGCACAGCAGCACGAGACAGAGGAGCAUAGUGCUGGAUGGCAUAUGUCCGGUGCUAAGCGUGCACUGGGAGACUGGGAGAAAUACACGUCGGGAUUUGGAAGUAAGAUGCUGAGUAAAAUGGGAUAUGUAGCUGGACACGGUCUUGGCAAAGAUCUUGAAGGCCGCGUGGAGCCAGUGAAAAUCGAGGUGUUACCACCAGGCCACUCACUGGACAUGUGUGCAGAGAUGAGAGAAAAAGGACAACUGGAUCGGUUGCAGCAGAAGAGAGAGCAGAAAGGACGGAUGAUGCAGAAGGCCAAUGAACAAUUAGUCGAGGAGGAGGAUUCUCAUGAUGUGUUUGGUUUGAUCAAUGAGCUAUGUGCCACCGGCAAGGACACAGAUCGAGGUAAACACAAGGCAAAACCCGGAAAAGAUGAAGAUCGCAAGCUGGACAAGAAAUCACUCAACAUCAAGAUAUUUCAGAACCAGGAGGAUAUGAAGAACGCGAAAAAGAAGUUAGCCGGUUAUCAGCAAGCUCUGAAGCGGAAUGUUGGAACGCAAAUGCAAAAGCAGUAUGAGAGUAAGAUUGCUGCUGCCCAACAAGAACUGAAGGGUCUUGAGUCGCGUGAGCAGUCUCUACAGCAGCAACAACAGCGCAACACCGCGCACAAGAAACUCACUGUCUUCUAGCUUUGAGGGAGCAUGCAAGCCAGAAUGCGAUGUGCACUCUCGUUCCCACAGUAGGACAUUGUCGCAUUGGACAGAUGAACAGUGCGUGCUAGGUAAAGUACAACAUGUGCUUUACUCCUUCUUCGGAUUUCGUAGCUGUAUUGGUAACCUGCGCACAUCACUUGAGCCUAUUCUGUAUUGCUGUGUAUGUGUGUAUUUGCUUGCUCCAUGUAUUGCUAAUUAUUCUACGUGCAGCAAUGGCGAUGCUGGUCAUCACUCAUUGCUGCUCUGUCUACCGUAUUAUACUCCAGGACUGGUGCCUGCCACUCAUUUCGCCUAUUCAGAUUUAACGUACUCAAGUACUAUGUAAGCGGAAAUUCAAAGGCAGCCCCUGUGUUCAAGAAAACGGGGAGGUGGGAGAGUCUGCUUUUGUAAUCUUACAACAGAUGGGUCUCUCUGUUAGCAUGAUGGUGAUACUAUGAGCUUUGCGCUCUAAAGCAAUGUGAUGGCCUGGGGUAUGCAGCUAGCCAGCUAACCAGUGUAAAUACUAGCUGCAGUAUCAAUGUAACAUUUACAUAAUUUAGUUUCACCUGAGUGACCCACGACGAAAAAGUGUAUUUGUCUGACUGAACCACUGACUCAAAUUGGCCGUUUGGGUCAGGAAAGUGUUCAGGGUGAAAGGCGCGUACAGUGUUGCUCAAUGAGGUCCGAUCGCGAGUCAAGCGUGUGCCCUGCAUCAGUUCACCACCCAGUGUUCACAGGUCUGGUGCUGCUCAGCGCCUGGCGUGACAUUGACUCGCACGAUUGGAUUUCAGUGUGCAGCGCAGUACACAUGGUACAUGUAUGAUGUAGGGGAUAGUGUGACAUUUGCACGUGCUCUAGACUAUAAAGCGUGAUGGGAGCUGAUACAUACUAUUAUGCUGUGGCGCGAAGACCCGGAUGUGAUGUAGUGUGAACAAGGCGCUCGAAAGGACUUUUCAUACGUCCCAGGUAUCCGUUUCCUAACCUUCACACCUGCCGUUCACCUCACUCUUCACUGCUGCACUGUGGGUGUGCGUAAAGCUCUUCGUGUAAAUCUCUCUCUCUCUCUUUACCUAGCUCAAA